UUCAAGUGUUGAUGGAGUGAAUUUUUUUUUUUUUGUUGAAAUAAAUCAAAUCCAACUGAAAAAAAUAUAAUUAAAAGAAAUGGCCACCGAUCUAAGUGAUGUUAUUAAACAAGGUUAUAUGCGUUGCAAAAGUCGUUCACUUGGUUUAUGGCAAAAACGUUGGAUCAUAUUACGUCGGUCAUCGAAUAAAGGUCCAUGUCGUCUAGAAAAAUAUCUAAAUGAAUAUUCGGCACGUAAUUUAGAUCAACAUAAAGUUCAAUUACUUACCAAUGUUAUUUCUAUUGAUCGAUUAUCAAAUUCCAAUAAACGUCAUGCAUUUGAAAUUGAUUUUAAUGAUGGUUCAGCCAAAUAUUUUGCCUGUGACUCUGAUCUCGAAGCUGAUCAAUGGGUAAAAUUAAUGAUACAGGAAUGUUUCUUACCGGAUUCCGGUAUUUUAAAUGGUGAACCAGAUGUACUUAAACCGGGCAUACAAAAAGAAUUACAGGAACAAUUCAAAGUUUAUCUAAUGCCAAGUUCAAAAUUAGAUAUAUUUGGUGAAUGUUUCCUACAGGUAACACAUGAAAAUAUCUACCUUUGGGAUUGUGUAAAUACUAAACAAAAAUUAUGUGCAUGGCCAUUGACCGCUCUUCGUCGUUAUGGUUCUGAUUUAACAAAAUUUACAUUUGAAGCUGGACGCCAUUGUGCCACUGGUGAAGGAAUGUUUAUAUUUCAUACAUUGGAAGGUGAAAAAAUUUAUCGUAAAGUUCAUCAAGCAACCUUGACCAUUGCUGAAGCACAUCAACGAAUGAAAAAACAACAGACGGUAUCAGUUUCCGUUUCAUCCAAAAAACAUUCGAAUAAUGAUAAUGAUCAAACAAUGAAUACUAGUCUUUCAACAACAUAUGGAAGUAAAAAUGAUGAUGAUAUGGAUUCAACAUCAUCUGCAUCAUUAUCGUUUGAUGAUUUUGAUUAUAGCCAAAAUCGGCAAAAAUUAAAUAAUAAUAAUAAUUCAGAAAUUGAUGAACAACAACAACAACAACGAAUAAAUAUUGAUGGUAAUAAUUGGUAUCAUUCAGAUAAUGAUUCUACACAUUCAUCAUCGACGUCACAAAGUCAAUUAUAUCAACAUGGACGUCAUCGUCAUCGUCAUCAUCAUCAUCAUAAUCAUACAAAUAUGGCCAUGGGUCUUGAAGUUUAAAAUUAUUAUCAUUAUAGCGUUGUAGAUGAUAUUUUGUGAUAUAGAUUUUCUUGAUGAUGUAGCACGAAAUAAAUACAAUAAUCGAGUCA